CUUUCACCCGUUAGCCCAUCUGUUCUCUACCUGCUCCCUGAUAUGGUUCUCUACCAGGGGACUCGAGAACAUGGGCUCUGCUACCAUCAAAGUCUUCUCUGCAUACCCCUCAUUCCUCAGACCUCCCUUCAACCCCAACAGAGACCCUAACAGGACCCGAGGCCACCUACUGCUGCACAGUGCCAAGCCAUGACUGUCACCUACACAAACAAAGUAGCCAAUGCCCGUCUCGGUUCCUUCUCCUGCCUGCUCCUGUGCUGGCGUGGCAGCAUCUACAAGCUGCUGUGUGGGGAAUUCCUCAUCUUCAUGUUCCUCUACUACGCCAUCCGUGGAGUCUAUAGAAUGGCUCUCUCGAAUGAACAGCAGCUGUUGUUUGAGAAGCUGGCUCUGUACUGCGACAGCUACAUUCAGCUCAUCCCUAUAUCCUUUGUUCUGGGUUUCUAUGUGACGUUGGUGGUGACCCGCUGGUGGAACCAGUACGAGAGCUUGCCUUGGCCGGACCGCCUUAUGAGCCAGGUGUCAGGCUUCGUGGAGGGCAAGGACGAGCAAGGUCGGCUGCUGCGGCGCACACUCAUCCGCUAUGCCAUCCUGGGCCAAGUGCUUAUCCUGCGCAGCGUCAGCACCGCGGUCUUCAAGCGCUUUCCCACCCUUCUGCACCUGGUGCGAGCAGGCUUUAUGACCAAUGAGGAAUAUAAGCAUUUGCAGAAGUUGGGCCUACCACACAACUCAUUCUGGGUGCCCUGGGUGUGGUUUGCCAACCUGUCAAUGAAGGCCUAUGUUGGAGGUCGAAUCCGGGACACUGUCUUGCUCCAGAGCAUGAUAAACGAGAUGUGCACCUUGCGUACUCAGUGUGGACAUCUGUAUGCCUACGACUGGAUCAGCAUCCCACUGGUGUACACACAGGUGGUGACAGUGGCAGUGUACAGCUUUUUCCUCGCAUGCUUGGUGGGGCGGCAGUUUUUGAACCCAGCCAAGAACUACCCAGGCCACGAGAUGGACCUCGUCGUGCCUGUCUUCACAAUCCUGCAAUUCCUAUUUUACAUGGGCUGGCUGAAGGUGGCAGAGCAGCUCAUCAACCCCUUCGGAGAGGAUGACGAUGAUUUUGAGACCAACUGGAUCAUUGACAGAAACCUGCAGGUAUCCCUGUUGUCUGUGGAUGAGAUGCACCAGGAUUUGCCUCCCAUGGAGCGUGAUAUGUACUGGAAUGAGGCCGAGCCUCAGCCACCCUACACCGCUGCUUCUGUCCAGUAUCGUCGACCUUCCUUCUUGGGCUCCACCUUCAACAUCAGCCUGGACAAAGAAGACAUGGAGUUUCAGUCAAAUGAGGAUGACGAAGAUGAGGAGAACCCUGGCGGCAUCAUUGGACGCUUCUUAGGGCUGCAGUCCACUGACCACCAUCCUCCCAGGACAGAUUCAAAGACCAAACUAUUGUGGUCCAAGAAGGACCUGGAGGGCCAUAAGGCCAAGCACAACUCUAGAGACCAGGAAGAUAAUGCCUGGAAACUUAAGGGUCUGGAUACCUUCAGGGCCACUCCACUGUUUGAAAGGCCAGGCUACCACAGUGCCCCCCAGACACCACUCAGCCAUACUCCCAUGGUCUUCCCUCCUGAGCAGUCAGCAGCCUCCAAGCCUUACUUAGUCACAGGUGAUGGGCAUUCCCGAGAGCACCAAACAAAGAGGAAAACUGUGGAGUUUAACUUGAACAUUCCGAAGAAGAGCCCCACAGAACGUACUAGAAAACAACAUUUGGACCAGGGGCCAAGCAACACACACACUACACGGAAGGAGCAUGCAGAGCCCCAUCCUACCUUGGAAAACAGGGAUGAAGCUGGCACCUAACCUGUUUCCUGGGAUUGAUGCUUCACGGCCUGGUCCUUACCUGCAGGAAUGCCAGCAGGACACUGACCCAGUCAGAGGCACACAGCUGUGUGAGACACCCAAGAGUAUGUUCCCAUGACAGUCUGCCAAGUAACUCAGAACCAGGGGUGCUGAGUCCUGUCUGAACAAACCCGUGUCUCCCCGUCUUUCCCAAACUUAGGAGUUUAAUAAAUACAAGUGUUCUUUUUA